GAUUUUAUUCGGUACAAGGACAUGAGAACUACGAAACCAAACACUCCCGUAGCAGCAAAUUGGGGAGGGAGAUGACCGUGGCGUAUUCUGCAAGCUUUCACUCAGCGGCAGCUCGAACGUUUGUAAUGGCGAUUGAUAGGGUUUAAACGAAGACCUAAAAAUUAUUCAAGAAAUGGACAUGGAUAUCGACGAUAAUUCGACCGCCAAAGGAAAGGAAGGGCAAGAGAAGCUCAUAAUGGUGAUAUUAGUUGGUGCACCAGGAAGCGGCAAGUCCACCUUCUGCGAACUCGUAAUGGGUUCCUCUUCUCGCCCGUGGGCUCGAAUUUGCCAGGACACCAUUGGAAAUGGCAAGUCUGGAACCAAAGCACAGUGCUUGAAGAGCGCAUCAAGUGCAUUGAGUGAUGGAAAGAGUAUAUUUGUGGACAGGUGCAAUCUUGAAAUAGAGCAGCGUGCAGAUUUUGUAAAAAUUGGCGGCUCUGGAGUGGAUGUACAUGCUGUUGUACUAGAUCUUCCUGCACAGCUCUGUAUCUCUCGUUCAGUUAAGCGGACCGGUCAUGAAGGGAAUUUACAAGGAGGAAAAGCUGCUGCUGUUGUGAAUAAAAUGCUGCAAAAGAAGGAAUUACCCAAGUUAAAUGAAGGGUUUACUCGCAUAACGUUUUGUCACAAUGAGACCGAUGUUCAAUCUGCUAUAGAUACGUACAAAUCACUUGGUUUACAUGAUACGCUUCCACAUGGAUGUUUUGGACAAAAUAAAUCAGACAAUAAAGUACAACUUGGCAUAAUGAAGUUCUUAAAGAAAGCAGACAAUCCUGCUAAGACAUGUUCUAGUGCCAAUGCCAUUAAGGAUUCUCCAAAUCUGCAAACUUCCCGGGAAAAUAGCUACUCUUGUGAUAAAAAGGAAGAGCCUGCCUGCACAAUAAGGGGCAAUGUCGAUAAAGAGUCAGAGAAAGGCGAAAAUCCAGGUGUAAGAUCGUUAGGAGACAGUAUUUCUCGAAGUGAUCCUCCAACCCUUGCAUUUCCGUCAAUUUCGACAUCGGAUUUCAAGUUCAGCCAUGAAAAGGCUGCUGAAAUUAUUGUUGAGACGGUUGAGGAAUUCAUGGAUAAGCUUGGAAAUGCCAGACUUGUUUUAGUAGACUUGACUUAUGGGUCAAAGAUGUUGUCUUUGGUUAAAGCUAAAGCAGCCAAGAAAAAGAUUAAUUGCUCCAAGUUUUUUACAUUCGUUGGAGAUAUAACUAAACUCAAUUCAGAAGGUGGAUUGCGCUGCAAUGUUAUAGCCAAUGCUGCAAACUGGCGACUGAAACCGGGGGCUGGUGGUGUCAAUGCUGCAAUUUUUAGUGCUGCAGGUCCGGGUCUGGAAGUGGCAACUAAACAACAAGCGAACUCCCUUCGACCCGGCAAUACCGUCGUUGCUCAAUUGCCCUCAACUUCUCCUUUGUUUAAUAGGGAAGGAGUAACCCAUGUCAUACAUGUUCUUGGACCAAACAUGAAUCCACAGAGGCCAAAUUAUCUCAACAAUGACUAUGAUGAAGGUUGCAAACUUCUCCGUGCCGCUUACUCUUCCCUAUUUCAAGGUUUUAUUUCAAUAGUAGAAAACCAAUUUAAGUCGGUGAAGGGAAUUCAGAAACACCUUGGCUCGGCGCCUUCAGAAUCAGAAAAGCACUCCGAGGACAGCCCAAGAAGUACUUUCCCGAGUUGCGAUCACAAGUUUAAGAGAGAGGAUGUGCAGAAUCCUGAAAGAAGCAAAAAGUGGAAAGGAUCUCAGGAUUCAGCUGAAGCAUUCAACCAAAAUAACAAUACGAUUGUCCACAAAAUGAGUAAGCACUGGGGAUCAUGGGCACAAGCACUCUACAAUACUGCAAUGCAUCCUGAGAGACAUGGCGAUACAGUACUGGAGUUAUCAGAUGAUGUUGCAGUACUGAAUGAUAUCUAUGCAAAGGCACAUAAGCAUCUUCUGGUAGUGGCUCGGUAUGAAGGCCUCGAUCAACUAGCCGAUGUACGGAGAGAACACCUUCCAUUGUUGAGAACGAUGCACGAUGUGGGUUUGAAGUGGAUAGAUAAGUUCUUUCAUGAAGAUGCAUCAUUAGUUUUUCGCCUCGGAUACCACUCGGCUCCAUCCAUGAGGCAGCUGCACCUACAUGUUAUAAGCCAGGAUUUCGACUCAAGUCAUCUGAAGAACAAGAAGCAUUGGAAUUCUUUCAACACCGAUUUCUUCAGAGACUCGGUAGACGUUAUGGACGAAGUCGGUAGCCAUGGAAAGGCAAGCAUCAAGGACGACGAGAGCUUGAUGUCUAUGGAGUUGCGUUGCAACCGAUGCAGAAGUGCACAUCCCAACUUACUCAAAUUGAAAGCACAUAUUUCAAAAUGUCGAGCGCCUUUCCCUUCCACACUACUCGAGGGCAGUCGUUUAGUGAUUGCACCAAGUAAUACUCAUGACUCUCUAUCGUAGUUUUAGUGAUUCUACUCGUACAAAACUUUUGUUGUAAAUAUUAUUAACUGAAUAGUUUUGGUGGUUUGUGUUACUCUUUUGAUGGCCUCAUGAAGCAUGAGUUAAUAGUUAGAUUCACCUAAAGAAGUACCUCACUUCACUCAAAAA